GUUUUGGGUUAACAUUGCGCCAAAAAUCUCCUUGUUUCCCUUUUUCUUGCUCCGGAGUGAUUUUCCAUUCAUUCUCUUGUUUUAUUAAUUGAAAAUUGAGUAAUUAGUGUUAAAAAAGCAAAAUGGAUCAAUAUCCAACUGCAGAGGAAGAGUAUGAGAUGAUGUACGGGGAUGAGUUGGAAAUGAUGGAUGACGAUUUGGAUUAUCCAGAAAAUCCACCUCCAGCAGCUGUGGAAAAUGUUCCAAAUACUCAACCACCGCAGCGGAGGACACAGGAAAUCUUUCCAGAUAGCCCGGCAUUGUCGCAAAUCUCCCGGAUUGAUAGUAUAAAUCGCAGACUCUUUGAUGAGAGUGUUUCCCUGCCCAAUGCUUCAACACCUCUAGCCAAUAGGAGUACGUUGAUGGAAAAUGAGGAAAUCCCAGCGAAUCCUGGUGCAAGAAAGCGUCGCCUUGACCUGUACGGGGAGAACUUAUUCAGUCCCGGUUGGCAGAUGCGGCAGCAGCAGAAGAAGCAGAAACGCGAGGAAGACAGAGACACCCGGAUGAUUGAGCAAAUUCUCACUGCACGUAAACUAACUCACGAUAUGGCCAAUUGUAAGGGGAGCAAUUUGACGCGUCUGGAGCAACUACAUCGCUUCAAGAUGCAAAAUCUCUCCUACCUCCUGCCCAAUUAUCCCUUCCAGGCGCUUUCCCGUAGCGAUGGGGAGCGCAUUUAUGUCCGAACACACAAUGAGGAAUUUAUGGAGAAGGCAUUGGAGGAAGUGGGGGCUCAAGGGAGGCCAUUGGAUUCCCUUUUAGGGGAUGCAAAGACACAAAUAUGGGAUGAAGCUCGAGAAAUUAUCCUCCGUCGCAGCAGUACUGAGGAGAAACCCUCGGAAGUUGCUGAAGAAGUUAUUCCUGGAGUUCAGCGAGAUCUCUGGGUGGAGAAAUAUCGCCCUAGACGGUAUAGAGAUCUCCUAUCGGAUGAGACAACCAACCGAUGCCUUCUGCAGUGGCUCAAAAUGUGGGAUAAAGUUGUCUUUAAUCGUGAUGUGGAGGUGAAGGCAGCUCCUGGAAAGCCCCUGAAUACAUUCAAUAAGCAAACAGGGAGAUUUGAGAGCAAUGGUGGGUGGAAGAAGUCUUUCCGGACAAGGAAUAAUCUCCUCACGGACAGGGAUGCCCUUGGGAGGCCUCUGCAGAAAAUUGCCUUACUUUCGGGUGCUCCGGGACUCGGGAAGACCACCCUGGCGCACGUUAUAGCUCACCAUGCGGGGUAUUCCGUGAGGGAAGUUAAUGCAUCCGAUGAGAGGACUCCGGAAGCAUUCAGACAAGUCCUCGAGGAUGGGACACAAAUGAAAUCUCUGCUGGAGAAGGAAAAUCGUCCCAAUUGCCUGGUUUUCGAUGAAAUUGACGGAGCUCCGGCAGCUUCUAUUGAGCUUCUCAUUCGAUUCGCCUCGGACGCCAUGGCUCCCGCACAGAAGGGGAAGAAAGGUGCCAAAGUGUCCAAGAAUGUCCUCAAAAGGCCAAUAAUUUGCAUUUGCAAUGACAUCUACACCCCAUCGUUGCGUCAGCUCCGUCAAAUGGCACUCGUGGUGACUUUCCCGCCACUAAAUAGUGAAAGAUUGGCUGAGAGAUUGCUCACAAUUGCCAGCCAGGAGGGUGUAAAGACGGAUUUUGGGGCAUUGCUGUCGUUGUGUGAGAAAACGGGCAAUGAUAUUCGCUCGUGCAUCUCAAUGAUUCAAUUUUUUAGCGCCACAAAGAAGCCCCUGAUGCUCAGCGAUGUUCUCCGUGGGAAUAUCGGGCAGAAGGAUCAGCACAAGGGGCUCUUUGCCAUCUGGGCCAGUAUCUUCCAGACGCAGCGACAGAAGCCGCCUGUCUUUGAGGAGAAUCCCACAGAAGUGGCCCAUCGGCGACCAUCGAAGCUGGACACCAUUGUGAGCAUUGUCCAAUCCGGAGGGGACUACGAGCGCCUAACACAGGGUGUCUUUGAGAAUUAUCCCCUGCAGAAGAUUUCCGAUGUUACCAUGCUCAAUACAGCCGAAGUGACGGAUUGGUUCGUCUUCUCGGACCUCCUGCAGCGAAUGAUUAAUCAGCUGCAAAACUACACCAUCUACCCGUACCUCCCCUACACAUUCGCCAUGUGGCACAACCUCCUCGCCACCCUCCAGCGUGCCAACAUUUCCUUCCCAUCUAAAGGAUUCGAGGCUUCGCAGAAACUUCAAACCCAUCGAAUGCUGAUGAUUGCCAUGAGGAAGGGACUUGGUAACAAUGUGAGGGGUAUUGGUGAUGGAUUUGUGAUGCUAAUGGAUGCUCUUCCGCUUAUCCGACGAAUUCUCAGUCCUAACAUUCGUUCAGUUUCGCUGCAUUUGCUCACGCCGAAGGAUCGUUCUGACCUUCAGCAUGCCGUUGAAGUGAUGGCAGAUCUUGGGGUGAAGUUUAUGCAGAUAAAGGGCGCCGAUGGGACGUUCAAGUACCAAAUGGAGCCAGACAUUGAGCUCCUCAGCAUCUUCAGGGGUUCCACCGAUGAUAGCCCCCUGAGCUACUGGACACGUCAGCUCAUUGCGCGUGAAGUGGAUUUGGAGAAUAUGCGACGAGCCAAGCCAAAACUUGGGGAAAUCAUCGUGAAGAAGAAGCCCCAAAUGCCAAAUCAUCUGCAGUGCCUUCAACCGCGGAAAGUUGAGAAAGUUUCCAAAUACAAGGAAAUGGUCGUGAAGGAUUUUUUCGGGCGUGUUGUGACGAGAAAGGCUCCUCUGUCCAUUAAGGAGGGUGGCAGCGAUGGUAUCGUUAAGAGUCCCAUUUGGUAUCGCUUCAAGGAGGGCUACAACAAUGCAGUCCGCAAGGAUAUAACCCUUUCCGAUCUCAUCUGAGAUGAUCAGCGCAAUAAUUCUUUAUUUAAUGCAAAAAAAUAUCAAAUAAUAUAAAUUUAUUUCUGCACAGUC